AUGGACAUGAGCAAUGCCAAGUGGUUCGGGACCAAGGAAUACUUGGAGCUGGUUUGGCUCAAGCUUUCUUUCCAGCAGCGCAUCCUGGAGCUCGGCUACAAUUUUCUCUACACGGACACCGAUAUAUUAUGGUUUCGCAAUCCGUUCCGGCACAUCUCCGUCUACGCCGACAUGAGCUGCUCGUUGGACAACUCCAAGGCCGCGUCUGUUCUCCUGGACAACGAGAUCAACUGCGGGUUCUACUACAUGAAGUCGACGAGCCGGAGCAUCAACAUGAUCAAGAAGUGGGUGGCGGGGAGGGCAAGGUUCCCUGACGAAAACGAACAGGUGGUGUUCAGCAAGAUCAAGCACGAGCUCAUGAGCGAGCUCGGGGCCAGGAUCGAGGCGCUCGAGACGGAGUACGUCAGCGGGUUCUGCGACUUCCAGAAGAAAUUUGACAAGGUCUGCACCGUGCACGCCAACUGCUGCAUGGGGCUGGAGAACAAGGUGUAUGACCUGAAGAAUAUCGCCGCGGAUUGGAAGAAGUACAUGAGCCUGACGCCGGAGGAGAGGAAGAAGGGGAGUGUCAAAGUGACGGCCCCGGGCAGGUGCCGGAAGUCCAUGGGGUGGUAAACUUCGAGACGUAUUAGCAAGUAGGCGUUUCAAAUGGACAAUUCUAGGGAUUCAAAAGUUCUGUAUUUUUAUCUUUGAAUGGACCCAAAACUGAA